AGUUACCAGGAACUAAGUGAUAUUCCGAUUCUGAUUUCUGAAACGACAAACCAGAAUUUUGGUGACUAUCAGUUUAACUCUUCAAUGGCUAUUUCGCAGAAACUUUCAAAAAUGGCGAAAAAAACGACACCACGUGACGUAGCUAAUAAUAUCAUUAAAAAUUUGAGUGAUUCCGAGAGGAUUGAAAAGGUAGAAGUAGCUGGUCCGGGAUAUAUAAAUGUAUUUCUUAACAGGAACUGGAUUUCGGAGAGAGUCGCAAAGAUUGCAAGAGAGGGAAUAAGAAAACCCAAAGUGGCAAAGCGUCGAGCUAUAGUUGAUUUUUCAUCUCCAAAUAUUGCAAAAGAAAUGCAUGUGGGUCACCUCAGGUCUACCAUUAUUGGUGAUGGGAUUUGCCGGUUACUCGAGUAUAUUGGUUUCGAGGUUUUGCGAAUCAACCAUAUUGGUGAUUGGGGGACGCAGUUUGGUAUGCUUAUUGCUCAUCUUCAAGAUCGUUUUCCUAAUUUUCUGCAUGAACCGCCACCGCUUUCUGAUUUACAAGCAUUUUAUAAGGAAUCUAAAAAACGUUUUGAUGAGGAACCAGAUUUUAAAGUUCGUGCGCUUGAUUGUGUUGUAAAACUUCAAAGUUAUGAACCUGACUUCGUAAAAGCUUGGAAGAUGAUUUGUGAUAUUUCUCGAAAAGAUUUUUCUCAAAUAUAUCAACGUUUGGACAUUAAAAUUACUGAACGCGGCGAAUCAUUUUAUCAGAAAAUGAUGGUUGAUAUUGUUAAGGACUUGGAGGCUAAAGGUGUGGUAAAAGAAGAUGAUGGCAGAAAGGUCAUGUUUCCUACUGGAUGUGAGAUCCCUCUUAUCCUGGUAAAAUCAGAUGGCGGCAACACGUAUGAUACAUCUGAUUUGGCCGCCAUAUAUCACAGAUUGAUAGUGGAGAAACACGACUGGGUUAUUUACGUUGUCGAUGCUGGACAAAGCUUACAUCUUGAAACCGUUUUCGCUGGCGCAAGAGAUCUUGGUUGGUAUGAUCCAAGGUCGAAGAGAGUUGAGCAUGUUGCUUUUGGACUUGUUCUUGGCGAGGACAAGAAAAAGUUUAAAACUCGUUCUGGUGAGACUGUGAAGUUAACUGAUUUACUAAACGAAGGUGUUAAAAGAGCAACGGCUAAGCUUAGGGAGAAGGAGCGUGAAAAGGUGAUGACACAGGAAGAACUGGACCAUGCACGAGAUGCAGUCGCUUACGGUUGUAUUAAAUACGCAGAUCUUUCUCAGACCCGUACGCAAGAUUAUGUGUUUUCCUUCGAUAAGAUGUUAGACGACAGGGGUAACACAGCUGUUUACCUGCUUUAUGCUUAUGCACGUAUACGUUCUAUAUGCCGAAACACUGGAGUUUCCGAAACUGAAGUCGAGCAGUAUCUCAAGUCUUUAUCGGGGGCUGGGUUACCUCUGGAACAUCCUCAGGAAUUAAAGCUUGCAAAAACUAUAUUAAAAUUCUCGGACUGCGUUCUCGCUGUGCUUAACUCAUUAAUGCUUCACCAGAUGUGCGAUUAUGUCUACUCACUCGCUACGAUGUUUCACGAUUUUUAUAAAGAUUGUUAUGUAAUUCAUAAGGAUCGUGAAGGUAACUCAACUCUCUAUUAUAACCGAUUAGUACUGUGUCGAGUAACUGCAGAUGUGAUGGCCAAUUGCUUUAAUAUUCUUGGGAUUAGAACCGUUGAAAAGAUGUGA